AUGUCGAUCACCUCGAGUUCCCUAAGAAGGGCUCCCUUCAACAUAAGCAGGAGUAUCCCAGCUAGAGCUGCAGGAGCUGCCAUUCAGCCAUACUCUGACAAACACAACAACUUGACUGAUAAAUGGUUGGCCAGAUUGAGAGUUUCAAGCACUAAUUACACUUCUAAUGAGAAUUUCGGGCAACUGCACUCUCUGAUUGACUACUUUAACAAAGAAACCAGGAACAGAGGAUUAGACAAAAUCGACUGGAAAUACUGGGAAAGCGAGAUCCACACCCAAGGAGUUGUCAAAAAUAUCAGAAGAAAGUACAACAGGUUCAUGAAAAGUGAAUAUUAUGUCGAAGAUGCUGCUUCAAGAGUGGACACAAAAACUAAGAAAUUUGAAGGUUUAGAUGUUGCCAUGAACUAUAACUAUGUUCUUUGGCUGACCCAUUACUCUAACCACAUGCAAUUCAUGGAAGGAAUUACCAACUUAGGGGAUAUUACCGAUAUGUCCGAGAAAGAAGCUCUAAAAUAUGCCAAGAAUAUUGACGUCUUGCAUCAAAGUAGCUUGGAAAUUGGAGAUCUUUCUCAUGAAGACUACAAUGAAGUUACUGUUGCUUCGAGAAUAGUAUCUCAAUUCUCAUGGGGAUCAAGAUACAUGCCUCCAUUUGUUCAUUCUUCAGAUGCUUUGAACGCUGUAGCAGCAACCUUGGGAAAGUUGGGAAAAUAG